UGGAAGUGAAUUUUUUGUGCACUGAGUGACUUUCGCCGUCCCCCCGUGUGAUAACGGAUUGGUAAACUAAGAUAAAUCAACUUCGUGUUUGUAAAAUAACGAGCCGUUGUAUUGUUCUUAAAAUCAUGUCAAACGAAAUAGAUGCGUUGCUUUGAUCUAUAAAUACAGUUAACAAAAACACAACAGUAUUCUGUAAGUCUAUUGCAAGAUCCGUUUCCCAGUUUCAUAUGGGCAGGAAGAGGAGUUUGUGCUGGUGCUGGACGGCCAAUGUUGUUAGAUUUAAAUGCCUUUCUUUAAGCAGGUGUACGUAACAUAGUAUCAGAAAGGUGUAACCAUGCCAGGAAAGCUAAAGGUUAGAAUUGUCGCUGGACGACAUCUGCCUGUUAUGGACAGGGCCAGCGACCUAACUGAUGCUUUUGUAGAGGUAAAAUUUGGAAACACAACAUUUAAGACAGAUGUAUUUCCCAAAUCUCUAAAUCCCCAGUGGAACUCAGAGUGGUUUAAAUUUGAGGUGGAUGAUGAAGACUUACAAGACGAGCCACUGCAAAUCACAGUUCUUGACCAUGACACCUAUAGUGCCAAUGAUGCUAUUGGCAAAGUUUAUAUAGAUAUUGAUCCUCUGCUAUCCAGCGAAGCUGCCACUGUAAUCUCUGGGUGGUUUCCAAUUUAUGACACUAUACAUGGUAUACGUGGGGAAAUAAAUGUUAUUGUUAAGGUGGACCUGUUUAAUGACUUAAACCGUUUUAGACAGUCAUCAUGUGGAGUCAAGUUCUUUUGCACUACAUCGAUUCCUAAGUGCUAUAAGGUAGUUACAGUCCAUGGAUUCGUUGAGGAAUUGGUGGUGAAUGAAGAUCCAGAGUACCAGUGGAUUGACAGAAUCAGAACACCCCGGGCAUCCAAUGAAGCACGACAGAGACUCAUCUCUCUGAUGUCUGGUGAGCUUCAAAGGAAGAUUGGCUUAAAGGUUCUGGAAAUGGGAGGCAAUGCAGUUGUGGGCUACCUUCAAUGCUUCGAUCUAGAGGGAGAGUCUGGGCUAGUAGUACGAGCUAUUGGAACAGCCUGUACCCUGGAUAAACUAAGUAACCCUUCUGCGGCACUCCCACCUGCAUGCAAUUCGCCAUUCAAAGAAAUAAAAGAGGCUCCCUUCAGUGAAGAUCCCAACCCUAAUACUCAUUCAUCAGGACCCUCCACCCCACUGAAAAACCAAACCUAUUCCUUUUCACCUUCCAAGUCCUACAGUCGACAGUCCUCUUCUUCUGACACAGAUUUGAGUUUGACACCUAAAACUGCCACUUCCCCCAAGGGGCCUAGGAUUUUCCUGAGUCCCAGCUCCCCUACUCUCUCCUCUGAUUUCCUAAUUCUUACAAACACUUUUCAACUUCCCAUGGGGUCUGGGACUAGUCUUACUCCUCACUCUGGCCAUGCAAAUCCAGUUGGUCUGAGGAAAGCUGUCUCUUUCAGUGAGGAUUUGCUUCUGGCUGCAUCUGGAAUGGGAAGUGGUGGGAGUGCUGGGAAGGAUGGAGGACCACUAAAAACCCUUUUAAGACAACAGACCCAGACAGCACUUGAGCAGAGGGAAUUCCCAUUUUUCACCCUGACGUGUUUUCCCCCGGGUUUCCUCGUCCAUGUUGGUGGUGUAGUCAGUGCACGGUCAGUGAAGCUUCUGGAUCGUAUCCACAACCCUGCCUUUGUCGGAAUAAUGGGUAACACAAGAUCAUACAAACUGCUAGACUGGAAUAGUUUCUCUGCAGAUGAACCUGAAACCCGUGAUGCCUGGUGGGAAGAAAUCAGACAAGAGAUAAAAUCUCACGCCAAAGCACUAGGAUGUCACGCUGUGAUUGGCUACAGUGAAUCAACCAGCAUCUGUGAAGAAGUCUGCAUCCUAUCUGCAUCUGGCACAGCAGCAGUACUUAAUCCCAAGUUCCUCCAAGACGGCAGCUUGGAUAGCUACAAUGAACACAGGUUGUCAAGGCAGCCUUCCUUCUUUUCCACAGGGUCAGAGAAGGGAGAGUUUGAUUUUUUUCCUCUGAGCAAGGAUAGUUCUUCCGUGUUAGGAUUAGAAGAGACUUCUCCUCCCAGUUGUGGGUUUUGCCAUAUUCCCUACGAUGAGCUCAACAUGCCUUUCCCAGCACAUCUCACCUACUGCUAUAACUGCCGGAAGCAGAAAGUCCCAGAUGUACUUUUUACAACAGUAGAUUUGCCUGUAGAAGCUGCAGUAACUGGAAAAGGAUGCCUCAUCCAGGCCAGAUUAUGCCGUCUUAAGAAAAAGGCUCAGGGAGAGGCAAAUGCAACAGCCAUCAGUAACUUGCUGCCAUUCAUAGAAUACGAGCUGCACACCCAGCUAAUGAACAAGCUGAAACUAAGAGGAAUGAAUGCCCUGUUUGGACUCAGAAUUCAGAUCAGCGUAGGGGAAAACAUGCUGGUUGGACUGGCGUCUGCUACAGGUGUCUAUCUCACUGCAUUGCCAACUCCAGGGGGUAUUCAGAUUGCUGGGAAGACGCCAAGUGAUAUGACCUAUGAGCAACAUAUAUCAAACAUGCAGAAGAAGAUCAAUGACACCAUCACUAAAAACAAAGAGCUUUAUGAGAUUACCCCUCCUGAGAUAAGUGAGGAAAUUAUCGGAUCACCAAUUCCAGAACCUAUUCAGCGUUCUAGAAUCUUCAGGUCCCACUCAGAAAGCUCUGAUGAGGUUUCAGAGCUAGACCUGUCACAUGGAAAGAAGGAUGCCUUUGUUCUUGAGAUUGACGAUGCUGAUGCUGUAGAAGAUAUCCAUUCUUUACUAACAGAUGCCCCACUACCUGCAGGCUUUUACAGCUGCAAUACAGAGAUCAUGCCAGGGAUUUACAAUUGGACAACUGGAUUACAGAUGUUUACCUCAGUGAGAGUAUACAGGUUAAACAAUGCCAAUCUGACAAACCAAGGACUCAACAAGAUUUUUAAUGAUCUCUGUGAGAAUCUGUUAAAGAGUUUGUAUUUUAAAUUGCGUUCCAUGAUCCCGUGCUGCCUCUGUCAUGUGAACUUUACAGUUGCUGUGCCAGAAGAUGAAUUAAUUCAGGUGGCUGUUACAGCAGUGGCAAUGACUUUUGAUAAAGACCAAGCUCAAGAGAGUUGGAAAGCUAGUGUCGAUAAGGCACUCAUGAAAGUCAUUGCUGAAAAUGAGGAACAGCUCCAGUUCCCAUUAGAACUGUGCUCUGACUCGCCAGGUGCACAGCCCUUCUCACCCAGGAAAGGUACAGGGCUACUGGAGAGUGCGAGUGCACAGGCAAUCCCAGGAGCUCAGAGAGCCACCUCAGUUGAGUACAGUUCCUUUGCAAACAGAUGCAACAGCUGGAUAGAGCUCGUUAAAGUGAAAGCUCUGACCAUAAGACGAGGAUCAAUUAAGACAACAUCUUCGCUUGAAAAAGCCAGUCCGCAGGCUGAAGGUCAUGCGCGUCUACGUUCUAAUACAUCAUACACAGGCUCUACCAUUACAGUCGUCAAGAUGACUCCACUGUCUUUCAUCCCUGGAGCAAAAAUAAUCAAAUAUGUCGGCAUCAUCAACAUGUUCUUCAUUCGAGAGACCACAUCUCUACGUGAGGAAGGUGGUGUCAGUGGGUUUCUCCACGCUUUCAUUGCAGAGGUGUUUGCGAUGGUGAGAGCUCACGUUGCAGCUUUGGGAGGAAAUGCUGUUGUCUCUUAUAUAAUGAAAGAAUGCGUUUUCAUGGAGAAUCCAAAUAAAAAUCAGGCUCAGUGUCUUAUCAAUGUAAGUGGUGAUGCAGUAAUCUUUGUCCGCGAGUCCGAAUUAGAAGCUAUACCUGUACAGCCCCAGACAACUUCAUCGCAAGCUUCCAGUAGUGGCACUGAUGUUACCACCUGAAGACAACUUCAAAGACUGUUCUCAGAGCAAAGAAGCUAAUUUCUGAACUGGGAGCCUUAAAUCCAUGUUACUUCCAGAUUCAGUCUUUCCCUCUAGUAUUCUCUACAACCUGUAGUGGGAUGAUCAGGAGUGAAGUGAUGUACAAAAUAAAAAAAAUAUAUAUUCAGUAACUUGGGCUCACAGGAACAGAAACCUUGAUUUCCAACACACAAACUCUGUUUAAACUUCCAUGUAAACACAUGUCCUCUGUAGCUCCAUUAAAAAAAUCUGUCCAUCGGUUUUAGAUAAGACUGGACAUUACACAUGUCAGAAUUCAGGCAGCUUUACUCAGUGUUUUAUUUAAACAUCACAGUUAACUUACCGUAGCACCCAAAAAUACACACAGUGGGGUCUUUUCAAUUGAUCAAAACCAUGGCAAGUCUAUUUACCACUACUGAGAUAACUAGAAUGUGUGUACCAAUGUUAUUAACAUUUCUUUAGUGUGUUUCUGUCUGUAAAAAUACAUAAAUUGAGUAUGAUUUAGUGAUUUAAAGGUCAGUGUUAUUAAGAUCCAUCAACAUUUAGAACAGUUGAAAGGCCCCAAUAUGUUUUACAAGGCAGAAUGGUACGAUAAAAAUUCAAGUACUUUACAUGUAAACUGGAAGAAUAAGGCAGUAUAUGCCAUUUAAUGAACGCUACAAUCAUGUUCAGUGUGUACUAAAUGAGUAGUAAUAAAUUCACUAUUACCUUCAUCAGCUGCAUCCACAUGGACAAUGAUUCUGGUAUAACUUUUUGCAGCUAAAUCCAGUGGCAAGUUAAUUUUCCAGCUGAUAUUUCCGCACCAUUAUUCGCUUAACAUUUUGCUAGACUAUUGUGCUAAUAUUAUACAUGUUUAAUUAAAUUGCUUUCUCAUAAUUGCUAAGCCGUGUAGAAACAGCUUUUGAGUUGGUAUAAUAGCUUUAAAUUGGAAACACAAUGUUAAUCUGACAGCUGUGCUUUCUUAAAGUUGAGUUUCAUAAACUUGUGUACUACUGAACUUGUAUGUACUUUUUUUAAAAUGUUAGAAAUUACAAAUGUAGUGACAGUAAUAUUUUGUUGUAGGUGUCACAAAACCUGUUAGUGUAAAUGUAUAUGAAAAUCAGAAUGGUAUUUUUGUAAUAUUGAAGUAUUUAAGCAUACAGUAGAUAUUAUGCAUGUUUAUGUCAAAUUUAAAACUUAGGUUUUAUUACUGAAAUGGACUGCUAUACAGCAAACAAUGUUGGUGGUAAUGUAAUGCAGGUUUAAUCCAUUUAAGACUUGAAUGUACAUAGAGCACCGUAUAUGUUGCUUGUUUUAAUUAGCAAUUCUUUGACAUUAGCUGGAAGAUUUGAUCUUGCACAAUAAAAUUAAAACUGCUAUCAA